AGGUGUGGGUUUGCGAAGCAGGUCUGCUAGGCCUGGAGUGCAAUAUAGUUUCUUACUUUCUUAUGAAGGGAGCUCUUUGCCGCAAGAUCGCUGCAAUUCCAUGCUGUGGUAGGACCGAGCGCCGGAUUUUCUCUACGCCAUGGAUUCCAGCGAUUUGGCCGGGUUCAGUAGCUAAUGGAAUUCAUCUUCCAUCCCGAAAAAAUCCAUCUCAUCUUUCGAAGCCUGCCACUGUCUGCACCAAGGCAACACCGACACCUUCCUCCAUGUCCAUGGAGCCCGCCGCAGACGAGGUGGUCGUCGAGUCCCCGGCGCACUUCCGCAUCUACAAGAGCGGCAGAAUCGAGCGCCUCAACCGGCCCCCGGUCCUCCCCGCCGGCCUCGACGAGGCCACUGGCGUCACCUCCAAGGACGUCGUCCUGGACGCCGGAACCGGCCUCUCAGCGCGCCUCUACCUCCCGAAGCUCCAGGAGCCGUCCCAGAAGCUCCCUGUCCUCGUCUACUUCCACGGCGGCGCGUUCCUGCUCGAGUCAGCCGACUCCGCCACGUACCACACCUACGUCAACCCCCUCGCGGCGGCGGCGGGCGUCCUCGUGGUGUCCGUGAGCUACCGCCUGGCGCCGGAGCACCCGCUCCCGGCGGCCUACGAGGACUCCUGGGUCGCGCUCCAGUGGGCGGCGUCGGCGGAGGACGAGUGGAUCGCCGAGCACGGCGACGUGGCGCGCCUCUUCCUCGCGGGCGACAGCGCCGGCGCCAACAUCGUGCACGACAUGCUGCUGAGGGCGUCCGGCAACGGCGGGCCGCGCAUCGAGGGCGCCAUCAUGCUCCACCCGUGGUUCGGCGGGAACACGCCCCUCGAGGGGGAGCCCGAGGCAGCUUCAGUGGCCACCGCUGGGCUCUGGACGUACGCGUGCCCGAGCGCUGUCGGCGGCGCCGACGACCCGAGGAUGAACCCGCUGGCGCCCGGCGCGCCGCCGCUGGAGAAGCUCGGGUGCGCGAGGAUGCUGGUGUGCGCCGGGAAGAAGGACACGCUCUACGUGCGGGACCGCGCGUACUACGAAGCCGUGGCGGCCAGCGCGUGGCCGGGGAACGUGGCGUGGCUCGAGUCCGAGGGGGAGGAGCACGUCUUCUUCCUUCCAAAGCCCGAGUGCGAGAACGCCAAGAAGCUCAUGGACUGCGUCGUGGCCUUCAUAGCCGGAGCCUGACUUGCUCUCCCUGCGCGCUCGCAGCAUUCGAGGAGGUUCGAGCCGCCAUUGAACUUGUGCUGGUUUUCUGAUUGAAUAAAUCGGUCUUGGGCCGGGUAUGAUGAUUUUUCUUGUUAGAUGUAUGUAGUACUGAACUUGUUGAAAGUUGAAACUGAACUUUUAAGCAAAUUGAAUUUUUAUUCAUUAUUCAA